AUGCCUGAGCCGUUAUCUUCUCUGUCGCCCGCCAAGCAGAACUCCAGAUCCUCCCCUGUCAAGCUCGAUUCUCCCCAGAAGCCUCCAGAAGCUCUUAAAUCUCCUAGCACCAUGUCCACCACUACUCUUGCGCAGUCUGCCCCGACUAAUCCUACCAAUAUUUCUCUUCCUGCCAUGGACGUUCCUAUCUCGUCCCCUACCCUCCCCGGUCCACCCUCCAGUCCAAAGAAGCCACUGUCGCCCAUCAAGUACCGCUUACAAGACGAAUCGAAAGUUGACAGCUCGCCCCCGGGCUCUCCUGCAGAGCCCACAGUCCGGUUCAAUGAAGGCCUCACGCGUGCGAUCGACGCGAUGCAGAAGGACGCUGAUGCGCAAGAUGAUUUUCUGGACGAGUCAAUAAUACACCACUUUCUGGACGAUGGGGUCGAUGUAGCUACAGAAUGCGAGAGCCCUGCCAAGGGGGCAUCUGAUACUAUGACCUUGACUCUGAGUUUGGGUGACAAAACUAUCCACGAUGAUACAAUUGGAGAUCUGAGCACCAUCUCUGCCAUCCCCACAGACCUGACCAGAUUCGCAAACCUGAGGGAGACGCCGUCCCAAUCCCGCCACGAACCUUGGUCGCCUUCAAAACAACUCAGACCCUCCGUCAUUACUAGCACACCGGGUACUGCUCAGCGCCCUCUGCGCCUGCUGUCUGCUUCUAGGCGGAGCAUUUCAUCAAACGAGGAGGAUGAAGCAACCCCCCGAAGAAACACCUAUUUCAAUGACUCUCCAACAGAUCUGCUGAACUUCACCGGACAAACCAAUAUCUUAAUACCCCCUCCUGGGUCUGCCCAGCGCCCCAUGAGAAGAAGUCCCUCUGGAAGGAAAGGAUUUCCUAUCAAGGUCAAUCCAAGCCCAGUACAUCGGUCGCAAGCUUCAGUGGAUCGCGAACGAGCUUCAGGCCGUUCACCACAAAAACAGGACCAAGCUCUAUUCGGAGACAAACCUGUCCCAGCGACACCCGCUAGCCAGAGGCACAGCAUGUAUGGCGCAACAACCGGGCUAGGAAUGGACCUAUUGGAUAUCGACCUUGAACCAAUGGCUACGCCGCGUUCCAUUCCCACCAUCACCCCCCGGGAGCUAGAAACCCUUCGGUCCGAACUCCAGUCGCGUAUCUCCGGUCUCGAAGCGACUCUCUCGGGGAAGGAGGCUGAGGUUAUGGCUUUGAAACGUGCCGUUACCGAUGCGGAAGUGCGAGUGGGAAAGACUAGUGAGGAACUCCGAAACGAGCGUGCCUCUCGAGAAGAGUUAGAACAUGCAAAGGAGGAAUUGGAGCGCCGCAGUCGAGAGAUGGAGGAGGUCCUUAGGGAGGUCAAACAGAACAUCUUUCUCGAGGAACGGGAAAAGGAGAAGCUGCGAAAACAGGCCGAAGAAGCCGAGCGAAAAACAGAGGAGCAUGAAGUGCGGAUUCUUGAGCUUCAGGCUUCCCUUGACACCCUGCGGUCUGAACGCGUAAAGUGCACACCUAGCCCCGAGAAGACGAACGCUCCUGCAACCCCCGGGCUGAGCACUGACAUUGAUUUUGCCGUCAAGGACGCCACAGAAAAAGUGGCCCGCGAAUUGCAUGCGCUGUACAAGAGCAAACACGAGCGCAAAGUCGCGGACCUGAAGGUCAGCUACGAAAAAAGAUGGAUUAAGCAAGUCGAACAGCUUCGAAUGGAGCUUAAGGCAUCUCAAGAGGAAGUGCUUAAGCUGCAAACGGAGAAAGAAGCAACCAUGAGCGGCAUCAUUCCGGGGCAAAGUGAAGCUAUCUCCAAGAUGGAGGGGCAGAUUGAGGAGCUUCGACGGUGGAAUGAGGAGACUAAUGCGGAGAAGAAGAUGCUCGAGGCCGAGGCAGCAGGGCUUCGUGGUCAGGUCGACUCGCUUGCCGCCGAGACCGAUUCACUACGGAAGGAGAUUGAACAAGAAAGGGUUGAGAAGGGCGAAUUGGUCGCCCAGGUGGAUCUAUUCCUGACGAUGAGUGCUCAGCAAGAAGAGCAGCGGGUCAUGCAACAACCGCAACAGCCCGUGAGUCCACCUCGGAGUGAGGAUGGAAACGGGCGACCAAAUUCAGCGUCUGCAUUGGCCAGUCCGAACAGGAUCAAGAGCAGCACAAACGGCGGAGAGGCCAGGACAGCUGUACCAGGACGACCUCGACCCGUUAGCAUGCUGCAAAAGCCCACAGCCGGAAAAUACUCGGGUAUUCCAGCCCCCGGAUCCGGCCUGAAGGCACCUUCAAGCAACAACAAAGCUGCUGGAUACGGGGGCCGCAUUCUGGAGGGUAUUGCCCGUAUGGGUGCCGGUGGGAGAUAA